AUGGCCAGCAUCAUCAAGCCACACCUGCUGGUGUUUGUGAACUAUGUCAAGCCGCUACAAACAGCUGCAGAAGCACGAUACAUAUACAGCCAAUUUGCAAAACUAGGAACUCUCUCAUGGUGGCACGAUUACGCAAGUCCAGCUGGUUAUAGACAUCACGGUGCUCGUUCAGUGGCAGUAUACACUUUAGACAACACAAGAGAUUCAGAUCUACUGGAGUUGGAACGGAAAACAUUAACGGAUGAUCUGAUGAGUAUAGUUGGCUUACCAACAAUGCACGAUUGGGAUUUAUUAGAGUCUGGUAAAGCUAAAAGAAUUGAACCAAAUUAUAGUUUUCUUGAUAUAACACCUACUCCACAUUCAUUAACUAAGAGGAAAAUGCCUGAAUUUAUUCCAAAGCCUCAUCAUGUUAUUGUGAAGUCUGCUACAAAAUAUGAACCGUUCUUUAUAGCUACAACGAGAGAACAGGAUGUUGGUUAUAUGAGUAAAUAUGUCAACAUGAAGGCUAGUGAUUCUAUUCCAAUAAAAAUACAUCUGGCAAAUACUGAAAAAUGA